GAGUGGGCUUCCCUCCCUUCCUUCAUUCCCCUCUCCCCUUCCCUGCUGGGUCGUGCGGUCUCCCCGGAGCCGGCCUGGGCCGUGCUGGCACCAUGGAGCUGGAAGACGGCGUGGUAUACCAAGAGGAGCCCGGCGGCUCCGGGGCCGUGAUGUCGGAGCGGGUGUCCGGCCUGGCGGGCUCCAUCUACCGCGAGUUCGAGCGCCUGAUAGGGCGCUACGACGAGGAGGUGGUGAAGGAGCUGAUGCCGCUGGUGGUGGCGGUGCUCGAGAACCUGGACUCGGUGUUCGCGCAGGACCAAGAGCACCAGGUGGAGCUCGAGCUGCUGCGGGACGACAACGAGCAGCUCAUCACCCAGUACGAGCGCGAGAAGGCGCUGCGCAAGCACGCCGAGGAGAAAUUUAUUGAAUUUGAAGAUUCCCAAGAACAGGAAAAAAAGGACUUACAAACUCGAGUGGAAUCCUUAGAAUCCCAAACAAGACAACUUGAACUCAAAGCAAAAAACUAUGCUGACCAGAUCAGCAGACUUGAAGAGAGAGAAUCAGAGUUGAAAAAAGAAUACAAUGCACUACAUCAAAGACAUACAGAGAUGAUCCAUAAUUAUAUGGAACACUUAGAAAAAACAAAACUUCAUCAGCUAUCAGGGAGUGAUCAACUAGAAUCCACAACUCAUUGUAGAAUUAGAAAAGAACAACGCCCUAUAUCAUUAGGAAUUUUCCCACUGCCUUCAGGAGAUGGACUUCUUACUCCUGAUACUCAGAAAGGAGUUGAUACACCAGGAUCAGAACAUUGGAAAUUCCAAGAAUUAAGCCAGCCUCGUUCUCAUACCAGCCUUAAGGAUGAACUUUCUGAUAUUAGCCAAGGAGGCUCAAAGGCUACUACUCCAGCUUCCAUAGCUGCUUCUGAGGUUGCAGCAAUUCCUACUGAUACUCCCUUGAAGGAGGACAAUGAGGGAUAUUUGAAGGCUGCAGAUAAGUCAGAGACAGGCAAACAUAUUGAAGUACAGGUAGCUCAAGAUACUAGGAGUGUAUCAAUUGGCUCUAAUGAAAAUGAAGAUAAAUCAGAAGUGCAAGCAAUCAUUGAAUCUACUCCUGAACUGGAUAUGGAUAAAGAUCUUAGUGGAUAUAAAGGUUCAAGCACUCCUACCAAAGGUAUAGAGAACAAAGCUUUUGACAGAAAUACAGAAUCUCUGUUUGAAGAAUUGUCUUCAGCUGGCUCUGGCUUGAUUGGAGAUGUAGAUGAAGGAGCAGAUUUACUGGGAAUGGGUCGUGAAGUUGAAAAUCUUAUUCUGGAAAACACGCAACUCUUAGAAACCAAAAAUGCUUUGAAUGUAGUGAAGAAUGAUCUCAUAGCAAAAGUGGAUGAGUUGACCUGUGAGAAAGAUGUGCUACAAGGAGAAUUAGAAGCUGUGAAGCAAGCCAAACUGAAACUGGAGGAGAAGAACAAAGAAUUGGAGGAAGAGCUUAGAAAAGCUCGAGCAGAAGCUGAAGAAGCAAGGCAAAAAGCAAAAGAUGAUGAUGAUAGUGACAUACCCACAGCUCAGAGAAAGCGAUUUACUCGAGUAGAGAUGGCACGUGUCCUCAUGGAAAGAAACCAGUAUAAAGAGAGGUUGAUGGAGCUUCAAGAAGCUGUGCGAUGGACAGAAAUGAUAAGGGCCUCAAGAGAAAACCCAGCCAUGCAAGAAAAAAAAAGAUCAAGCAUUUGGCAAUUUUUUAGCCGACUUUUUAGUUCUUCAAGUAAUACCUCCAAGAAGCCUGAACCUCCAGUUAAUCUAAAAUACAAUGCACCGACCUCCCAUGUCACCCCUUCUGUCAAGAAAAGAAGCAGUACUUUAUCUCAGCUGCCUGGGGAUAAAUCAAAAGCUUUUGACUUCCUCAGUGAAGAAACUGAAGCCAGUUUAGCCUCUCGAAGAGAACAGAAGAGAGAACAGUACCGCCAAGUAAAGGCACAUGUUCAGAAAGAAGAUGGCAGAGUGCAAGCUUUUGGCUGGAGUUUGCCCCAGAAAUACAAACAGGUAGCAAAUGGUCAGGGUGAAAAUAAGAUGAAAAAUUUGCCUGUGCCUGUCUAUCUUAGACCUCUAGAUGAAAAAGAUACAUCGAUGAAGCUGUGGUGUGCUGUUGGUGUCAACUUGUCUGGUGGGAAGACAAGAGAUGGUGGCUCUGUUGUUGGAGCUAGUGUGUUUUAUAAUGAUGUGACAACUCUGGACACAGAAGACAACAAGCAACGUAGUGCCUCUCAGAGCAGCUUGGACCGCUUAGAUCAGGAACUUAAGGAGCAACAGAAGGAAUUAAAACAUCAGGAAGAAUUAUCCAGUCUUGUCUGGAUCUGCACCAGCACUCACUCAGCCUCCAAAGUUCUUGUUGUUGAUGCUAAUCAGCCUGGCAACAUCCUUGACAGUUUCACUGUUUGCAACUCCCAUGUUCUUUGUAUUGCAAGUGUCCCAGGGGCACGAGAAACAGACUAUCCUGUAGGAGAAGAGACCACAGAAUCUAGUCAAGUGGACAAAGCCUCUUUGUGUGGAAGUAUGACCAGUAACAGUUCAACAGAAACAGACAGUUUGUUGGGAGGCAUCACUGUGGUUGGUUGUACUGCAGAAGGUGUUAUAGUACCAGCUGCUUCACCUAAUAUCAAUGGUUCUUCCCCAGUAAUAGAAAAACCACCAGAAACAGAAGCAGAAAAUAUUGAGGCAGAUGAAACCAUUCCAACAGCAGAAGAAGCAACUGAAGCAACAGAAGGAAAUUCAGGAUCGGGGGAAGAUAUUGUGGAUCUCACUCAGCCAGGAGUCUAUACAGAGCAUGUCUUUACAGAUCCCUUGGGGGUGCAACAUACUGAGGAAGGAUCUCCUGUAUAUCAUUCAAGCAAUGAAUCAGAUGUAUAUAAAGAUCAAAUAACAGUAUUGCCAAGUGAACAAGACCUGGUGCGAGAGGAAGCUCAGAAAAUGAGUAGCCUUUUACCAACCAUGUGGCUUGGAGCACAGAAUGGAUGUUUAUAUGUCCAUUCAUCAGUGGCUCAGUGGAGGAAAUGUCUCCAUUCCAUAAAACUUAAAGAUUCAAUUCUCAGUAUUGUACAUGUGAAAGGAAUUGUAUUGGUUGCAUUGGCUGAUGGAACACUAGCAAUUUUUCAUAGAGGAGUUGAUGGUCAGUGGGAUUUGUCAAACUAUCACCUUUUGGAUUUAGGACGUCCUCACCAUUCAAUCCGUUGCAUGACUGUGGUACAUGAUAAAGUCUGGUGUGGCUAUAGGAAUAAAAUCUAUGUGGUUCAACCAAAGGCCAUGAAAAUAGAGAAAUCAUUUGAUGCUCACCCAAGGAAAGAGAGCCAAGUGAGACAACUGGCAUGGGUUGGUGAUGGUGUGUGGGUUUCAAUUCGUUUGGAUUCUACUCUCCGUCUCUAUCAUGCACAUACAUAUCAGCAUCUGCAGGAUGUGGACAUUGAACCUUAUGUGAGCAAAAUGUUAGGUACUGGAAAAUUGGGCUUCUCUUUUGUGAGAAUCACAGCUCUUAUGGUAUCUUGUAAUCGUUUAUGGGUAGGGACAGGAAAUGGUGUCAUUAUCUCCAUCCCACUAACAGAAACUGUAAUCCUCCACCAGGGACGUUUACUGGGGCUGAGGGCAAAUAAAACCUCAAUAGGACCUGGAAACCGUCCUGGAAGUGUAAUCCGUGUGUAUGGUGAUGAAAAUAGUGAUAAAGUAACUCCAGGAACAUUUAUACCGUAUUGCUCAAUGGCACAUGCUCAACUCUGCUUCCAUGGCCAUCGGGAUGCUGUCAAAUUCUUUGUUGCAGUACCAGGUCAGGUAGUCAGUCCACCAAGUGCUAGUGCUGGUGCUGGUGGUGGCGGUAUUGGUGGCAACAGCAAUAGCACAGAACAAGCAGGUGACAAGCCAGGACCACCUACACAGGAAUCCAGCCAGAAUCCCUUGAAGUCCAUGCUUGUGAUUAGUGGAGGAGAAGGAUAUAUAGAUUUCAGAAUGGGUGAUGAAGGUGGAGAUUCAGAACUCCUGGGAGAUGCCCUCUCACUUGAACCCUCGGUAGCCAAAGCUGAAAGAAGUCACUUGAUAGUGUGGCAAGUGAUGCAUGGCAGUGAAUGAAUGCAGCAGAAACAUCUGGGGAGGAGAGAAGUCUCUUCUGCAUGGUUCCCCCAUCCCCACCCCUUUUUAUUUAAUGCUCUUUUUGUGGAAUCAGUUUCACUACCUAAUGUUUGAGCAUUUUUCCUGGUAACUUUAUAUUAUGAAAUCUGUCCUACCAUAACAAUACAGGAGCUAGCUGUUUUACUACACCAGUGUUAUAGGCAACUUCAGUGUAUUAUGAACAAAUCAAAGAAUGUUUACUUUCUCAAAACUGGUAAACUAUAGUAAGCAAUCCACAUGUGGUUUACUGCACCACAAUCUAACAUAAUUCACUUCUUUUGAUGGAAUCACUUUUUAGCUGUCACUAAUAAUGGAGUUGAUGGAAAACACUUGAUAAAUUAAAUUGUCUAUCCUAUUGAGUAAAAUAGCAAAGUUUUUCCCAGUGUAAUAUAAAGCUGACAAAAACUAAUAACAGGUGGAAUCAUCUGGAUUUAUCUAAAUGUCCUUGGAGGGCAAAAAACAAAGUGUAAAUUACUUUAACUUUCAUUUUCAAAUCUGACAAAUCUUGUUUAUAUAUAGUAUAUAAAACUUUGUCGUUUCCAUCAGAUUUUAGGGGGGUUGGGUUUGUAUUAAAGAAAUUAAGACUAUGUUAUUUAAAUAAAAGUUUCAUGUUUCUGACUUCUUUAGAGCUCUAAAAUUUAUGAGGACUGUUUUUCUGAAUCUCCCGAGUUAUUUGGAGAACAGUCUCUCCCAAUUUCAUAUUGGUAUGUCUUGAACAUGUGUUACCAUAAGGCUCAAAAAGGUUCUUCAGCACUGAGAUGAUUUUAAAAAGGAAAAUUGUGUUUGUAUUCCUUGUACAGGGGAUGGUGGGGUAUUUUUGUUGUUGUUGGCUUUUUUAGUUGUUUUUUCAUCCCAUGUAAAUUCACCUCUUUCCCAUUUGUUUCUGAAGAGGUCUUAUCUGUGAAUAAGAUUAAAGCUGUAAAAUUAGUGGAGUAGAGUUACCAGCUGGGAGAUCUGAUUAGAGAAAGUAUUUUCUAUUGUAUGUAUAAAACUAUAGAACAGCUAGCACUUGGCACUCUAGAUGUAAAUAACACAAGUUUUUGCACCAUAUGGAGAUGAAAAAAGGCCAUGGUUAACGAAGAAAGAUUGCAUGAGGGAAACCAAGCCAAUUUGUAUUCCUAAUUUAAAUUGAUACUACAUCUUUUCAUUCACUGUGGGCAUCCCUCUUUCUUCUGUUUUAACCAGAUUAAACAUUCUGGUUCUAACACCAAUUUUUCUCACUUGAUUGGUUUUUAAAACCAUAAUGCUGCAAUAAUGGUUCUCACCUUAACUUUUUUAAAGUGUAUAAUCUAUAGUUUCUUUUCCUUCUCUGUUAUUUUAAGCAGAGAUAAAUUAAGUGAUAGUUUUUUAAAAUGUAAACCAAUAGUGUAGAUGUCCCAAAUUCUACUAACUGCUUCAAAAAGGGAAAAGCAGAAGAAUGUAUAAAACUACCUAAGCAUUCUGAACAGACAGGUUCUCACCCCCAGCCUAUCAUGCAAAGAAAAAUCUGAAAACUAUAAGAGCGCGUUAUGUCUGCCAAUGACUUGUUGCACCAAAAUGCUUAGGUAAGUUGUUUUUUAAUGGCCUGCAGGGGCUUUAGGAACCGUUUUGUUAUAGGUAUGUAAUCAUCAUAGAGGCUGUACAGUAAAACUGUUGCUCAGUUGGUUAGGAAGAAGGACUAUUUUAGUAAAAUUUGCAUUUUCAAAAGCAUUCAGUUUCUGAGUUUUCUGGUCACUUUCUAGAUCACCAAAACUAAGGCUAUUUUUUCACAAAUUGUUUGAUAUGUCUUUGUUUUUAAAAAUUAAAACUACUUGUGAAUUGUUAAAUCCCAGGAAACUAGUAUCCCAGAUUUUUACCCCAUUCAAUGAUGAUCAAACAGUCAUAGGUCCGUGUGACAAAUUCGAAUUUAGGAAAUCAAGGUUCAAAAAGAACUGUUGAAAAAACCACUAAUGAUGAAAAGGGUAGAUGUUGUGAUUGCUCCUCUUUUGUGUUGUUGACUUUAACAUAAGAAAUGCAAAUUUCUCAAGUGUUAUCCAAAGCAUUUAACUAAUAUAGUGCACUGCUAAAUUAUCUUAGGUAUUGGAGGUGUCAAGAUUGGGUGUCAGGGUUCCAAGAUUUUCUAUAGAAAUUUAAAAUUUUAGUCAAAUAUAUUACUACUUUGACCUCAAUGAUGGCUGGUUAUCUGUCCCUGUGUGUUGACAGCUUUCUGGAAGGAGCUGCCAAGUCAGAGCAUUCUGGUACAUAGUGAAAAGGGUCAAAACAAUACUUGUAAAACUGCCACAGGGAGUGUGUGGUAAGACAGAGAAUUUAUUACCUUGUGUAGUUUUUCUGUUAAUUUUAAGACAGCAACAACAACUACAGAAACCCUGUUGAAAGAAAUAAGGGUUGAUGGGGAAUUCUCUUUUUGUUACACUGAGUAUCGUGCUCUUGCUGCCUCUUUGCUGGCAUCGUGAGCAUGCUGGGUAGCAUCCGCUCUAGGAACUCCACAAUCUUCAAAGUAUAUGAUGAGUGUCAGUCUCAUGUGGAUUACAUUUCGUAGAAAGAGGGAUCUUAAUAGAUGCAGCUUAUUGGUAGUGUGAAAACAUUUGGAGCACAAAAUAUGCAGCACAUAACUUUGUCAGAAUGAGUAUGUUUGCAUGGCACAGGUGAAAAUGAAUUCUCCAAACUGCUGUUUGUUUUUUUUUUUUUUUUUUUUUUUGUAAAGGUCUUCCUGCAUUUGAACAGAUAAAGAGUAGAAGAGAGUCAACAUUUUUAACAUAAGCUGCCUUACCAACAAUAAAAAAAAAUUCUGAUUUAUUUUACUAACCAUUCUAAAGAGCCUCAUCUUUCCAAUGCUGUGUAACUGAAUAUUUAUUUCCCUGUGAGUAUUAUGAAAAUUACCAAAGGAUUUAAUCUUCUUUACAAUUCUUCUUGAUGUACCCCAUUGAGACGGGGGAAGAGUUGAGUCCCCUGGUCUACAACUUGGGAAGAAUAAGAGAAAACUAAGUAUAGUUCAGUGGAAACCAUAAUGUGUUUCCACAGAGAUAUGCCUCCUGGCUCUGUCACCACUGGUGCUGCCCUUCAGAGCUUUUUCUAUAUGCUAAAUGUAUUUUCUUUUUCACAAAACUGUUUCCUUUGUUAAAUCAGUUGCAUAUUUCUCAAUCUCAUAAAACAUAUUUUAAACAUUUAUGUUUUUUUUUUAAGUUUUGUUGUAGACAUCAUAUUCUAAGUUUUACUUGCCUCUGUAACCUGACAUGUACCACUACCAUACAGUGGUUCUUUGCCUGUUUUGAGGUGGAGGCUUUGUUUCUAUGAGCAAAGAGCUCAUCUAGAAAUGUUAGAUAUUUCAGUAUUUAUUUCUAUUAUUGAAUCCUUGGGGUUCAGAAUGUAACUUUGUACAUGAAAUAUAUCUAUAAAUAUGUAUAUGAAACAUG